GGGGGCUUGUUUUUAGCAGCUGCAACAAGGUCGUUCUUUGUGUCAAAAUUCAGAUUCUUGUGACGAACAAUUAGUUUCAAGUAUUAACUUUGUGGCGUGAGUGAUUAUACUUCUACAACCAAAAUAUUUAUUUUUGUUGUUCGUGUGUGCCUUUAUUUUUAGAACUUAGUUUUUAAAUAAUCUGUAUCAUUCGAACGUUCCAAUGAGUGGAGGAGGACAAAGCUCUGAUGGCUCAAAUGCAGGAGGAAUAUUUGUACAAUUCAAUCAGGACUGCACGUCCUUGGUGGCGGGCAGUAGUAGUGGGUACCACCUGUUCACGCUAACUGCAGACGAUGGCAUCGAGGAAAUUUACGCCAGCCGCUCAGGGCACGAGACCUGCCUCGUCGACCGACUGUUCAGCAGCUCGCUUGUGGCUGUGGUCACUGUAUCCGCUCCCAGGAAGCUGAUAGUAUGCCAUUACAAGAAGGGUACUGAGAUAUGCAACUACAGCUACAGCAACACCAUCCUGGCAGUGAAGCUCAACAGAUCCAGGCUCAUCGUGUGUCUGGAGGAGUCGCUGCACAUCCACAACAUCCGCGACAUGAAGAUCCUGCACACCAUCCGCGACACGCCGCCCAACCCGCGCGGCCUCUGCGCGCUGUCGCCCUGCGUGGACCACUGCUACGUGGCCUACCCCGGCUCCAGUGCCGUGGGUGAAGUGCAGAUCUUUGACGCCGUGCAUCUGAAUGCAAAGUGCGUGAUCAGCGCGCACGACAGCCCGCUGGCGGCGCUGGCGUGGUCCAUGUGCGGGCGCCGGCUCGCCACCGCGUCCGAGCGCGGCACGGUCAUCCGCGUGUUCGCGGUGCCCGAGCGGACGCGCCUCUACGAGUUCCGGCGCGGCGUCAAGCGCUGCGUGUCCAUCGCCUGCCUCGCCUUCAGCGCCUGCGGCAGCUACCUGGCCGCCACGUCCAACACGGAGACCGUGCACGUGUUCCGGCUCACCGAGCCCGCGCCGGCCGGGCCCGCGGCCGACGAGCCCGCGCCGGCUGAUGACGAGGCGGCGGGUGGCUGGAUGGGUUGGCUGUCCAGCGCCGUGUCGGCCGGCGCGGGCUACCUGCCGGCGCAGGUGGCGGACGUGCUGGCGCAGGGCCGCGCCUUCGCGGCCGCGCGCCUGCCGCAUACGGGCUACCGCGCGGUGGCCGCCAUCACCAGCGUGGCGCGCGCGCCGCGCCUGCUCGUGGCCACGGCGCAGGGCGUGCUGUACGUGUACGCGCUGGACGCCGAGGGCGGCGACUGCACGCUGCUGCGCCAGCACCAGUUCCUGGAGCGGCCGGCCGCGGCCCCCGCGCCGCAGGAAGUGGCGGCGCUGUCCACUAGCAACAGUUACGCGGGCGCGCUGCGCGGCCGGGACCCGGCGCGGAUGACAGAGUCGGAGCGCGCGGCCGAGCUGGGCGCGGCGCUGGAGGCGGCGCCGGCGCCCGCGCGGGCCUUCGACCUGCGCGACCCCAAGCACUUCCCGCCCAUGCGCCCCGAGCGCCCCGAGCGCGCCGACCCCGCCGCCCACUAGCUGCAGCGCCCGCCGCCGCCCCUGUACAUAGUGUAUAGACCGAGCAUCACGAGUGAUAUCUAUCUGACGACGGAUGACUCCGAGAGAGCUUGCAUCUACGUGUGUAAAUUAAUUAUUGUAGCGUUUUCAUGCUACAGACGAAAGGAACAUUAUUAUUGGAAAUCCAAUAAAAUUACUAUAAUAUUGUAAAUAAAUGUAAAGGACCUUAAAAAUGACAUAGUUAAGUGUGCCUGCGCCUGGCGUCAGCCGCAGAGAGCCGGCGGCCUCAGUCCGCGACCUCCUCGCCGCCUCCACCACCUUCAAAGCUGCGAACUGGAAACUAACAUCCGUAUGUCUCGUUACAUUUACAUCUCAUAAGAAACUAACGACUAUACUCAAAAAUCACUUGACUUGGCGCAGACGGAUGUGUCACAUAAUUCACCUAUAAUUUAAUUGCUUAAAGUGAUUAGAGAUGCUCCGUUAGUUACUAGGCAGACAUAAGAGAUGCGUGCGCCGAUUUCCAUUAUUUUCUGCAUUGCUAUAAUUACAUACACCUUGCAAUGUUCUAUUGUGACUCGAGGUGAGCAGGUCGCGGACAGAAAGCAGCUGUGUAGCUAAUUGUAAUUAUUAAUAUUGUACGUGUAAAGGUGGCCUCUCACGGUUAGUGUAUUGAUUUCACGAAUAGCAUAGGAACUCUGACCGCGGACUCUAGCAGUCACCGAAGUUUGUUCUGUGAUAAUAUGUAUGUGUAUGAUCUGUUCUGUCUUUGCUACCUGUAGCGCGGGCGCCGGGCGUCACCUACUUUCGUUGGGAAGCCACUUUUACAAUUGAGUUUCUGCAAAUGAACAUUUCUUUUAUAUAAUCGAAAAAUAUUAAGCGUGAUUAUAAGAAAUCAGAAAUUUUAUUUACCCUUUAAAACCUGAAUUAACUAAAAAUUGCAGGUUACUCACGUGAAGAAACUGAGAAAAGCUCUACUAGUUUCGAAACACAGAGGGUUUCUUCCAAUAAUCAGAUAGGAGGUUGAUGGACCAUCUUUAUAACUAUGGGAAUCGGACAAGACCAAAAUGGAGACAGUGUAUCUGUGGUUUAACGGUGCUUAGGCUAACAUUAUUAGACAGUAAAUCAAAGCGCAUCAAAAUCUAACCGUUGUCUAUAAUUUUUCUGAUAAUUAUUUAUUGAUGAGAAAUGUCUUUUUCAUUAAUAGUUAGUACUGGAUUUCCUUCACCUUUUACGUGCGCCACUUAUUUAUCAUUUUCAUUACACCCUUGGGUACCGAUCAAGAAGUCGUAGACCAAAAAUUCGCCCGGAAUAUUUGCGAUGCACUUAAGGGGGGAAAAUCAUCGAAUGCCUGCUCCCGCCUGGGUGAGGCGGGAGGGAGUGUCAGACUAAAAACCACCC